AUGGGAAGCAAGCCAGCGCCGCCGCUGGCCGAACAUCUGUCGUCGCCGGUCAUGGCGGCCUCCACCAUCACCGACGUUCCAUUGCCCAUCUACAUCUCAUCUGACGACGAAGACGACGACAUAGCAGUCCUUGGCACUUCCAGGAGAUCCGACGAGAUUCAGAUCCAGCAGGCCAUCCUCCUCUCCAUCGACUCCUCGGCCUCGCCCUCUCGCGACGUCGCCAGAACCUCCAAAGAAUCCAUUCCAGACCGCAAAGGCAAGCGUGUAAAGUUGCUACGUCAAGUCAUCGAUGUAGAUGAUAUAGUUGAAGUCGUCGACCUAGAUGACGAUGACAGCUUGAUCUUGCUCGAAGCUGUAGCCAACGGAAAGGUGAAAAACCCGAGCAAUGGCGCGGUGUUCAAGGUCGGCUGCAAAAGCUCCCGCAGGGCCACGACCAUCGACCGGUUCUACUGCAUGAUCUGCACGGAGACGGUCUCCGGCAUACAGCGCUUCCCCGUGGCCGGGUGCGCGCACGCGUUCUGCGCCAGCUGCGUGAGGCAGUACAUCGCCGCCAAGGUCGAGCAGAACCUGCUGUCCAUCGGCUGCCCCGAUCCGGGCUGCAAGGUCGGCGUGCUGCACCCGGAGGACUGCCGGCGCGUGAUCCCGCCGCCGCUCUUCGACAGGUGGGGCGCGGCGCUAUGCGAAGCAGCGCUCCCCGGGGAGCUCAAGUUCUACUGUCCCUUCAAGGAUUGCUCGGCGCUGAUGGUCGACGACACCAGUCCCGAGCACGCGGCGGCGGCGGUAACAACGAACGUGGAGUGCCCCCACUGCAACCGGAUGUUCUGCGCGCGGUGCAAGGUGCCGUGGCACGACGGCGUCCAGUGCGCCGAGUUCCAGCGGCUCGGCGAGGACGAGCGCGGCCGCGACGAUCUGCUGCUCAGGAAGGUCGCGCAGCAGCGGAGGUGGGGGAGGUGCCCCGGCUGCAGGAUGUACGUCGAGAAGGUGUCCGGCUGCGACUCCAUGCACUGCAGGUAA